AAAAAAGUCCAUGUUUGCAGUUUCAUUGCGCGCCUCUCUCAUUUCCGGGACUGAACCCUAAAACACUGACUGAACACACAUCUCUUGGGAACAGAACCUCAACUACCGAUGGGCUAUGGCAUCAUCGGGUUCGAACGAACUCACCCGUGCAGCAACCACCAAUAUGGUUCAGUCCAUUCGCUUCUUGAUCAGAGAAAACUCCCUCUAGAAGCAAUCUACUUGGAAAUUCGAGAUUCAACCCAUGGCUGGUAACAAUAUCUAUAUCUUUGUUUCCAUUUAUUUAAUUCACCCAUUGUUUCUUGGGCCUAGACUUGAACUUUUGUUGAUUUCAUGAAAGCCCAGAACCCCAUAUUUAACCACCCAAUUCUCAAACUGUUGCAAAAAUGCCAUAGCCUCAACACUCUUAAGCAAGUCCAUGCUCAAAUGCUAACAACUGGUCUUGCACUUCAUACAUACUGUCUCAGUCACCUCCUUACCAUAUCUUCCAAGCUUGCCUCAACCUAUGCUCUCACCAUCUUUAGCUCUAUCCCAAACCCCACAGUUUUCCUCUACAACACACUCAUUUCUUCCUUUACUAGUCAUAGUAGCCAAAUCCAUCUAGCAUUCUCGCUUUAUAAUCGCAUUCUCGCUCACAAGACCCUCCAACCCAAUAGCUUCACUUUCCCCUCGCUCUUCAAGGCUUGUUGUGGCUCUGGCCAUUGGUUUCAAUAUGGUCCGCCCCUCCACGCCCAUGUUUUGAAGUUCCUUGAACCGCCGUAUGAUCACUUUGUUCAAGCGUCGCUGCUGAAUUUCUAUGCUAAAUAUGGGAGGCUGUGUGUGUCUAGAUGUUUAUUUGAUCAAAUUAGUGAACCUGACUUGGCCACAUGGAAUACCCUGUUGGCUGCUUAUGCACGCAGUGCGAGUCAUAGUUACUCAACCAGUUUAGAAGAUGCUGAUUUGUCCUUAGAGGCGUUGUAUUUGUUCUGUGACAUGCAGAUGUCUCGAAGAAGGCCUAAUGAAGUGACACUUGUGGCAUUGAUUAGUGCUUGUUCUAAUUUAGGUGCUCUUAGUCAAGGGGUUUGGACUCAUUGUUAUUUGCUGAGGAACAAUCUUAAGUUGAAUCGGUUUGUGGGAACUGCACUGGUGGAUAUGUAUUCCAAAUGUGGCUGUCUCAAUUUAGCCUGUCAGUUGUUUGAUCAGUUGACUGAUAGGGAUACAUUUUGCUACAAUGCCAUGAUUGGGGGUUUUGCAGUUCAUGGUCAUGGGAAUCAAGCACUUGAACUUUAUAGAAAGAUGAAAUUUGAGGGCUUAGUUCCUGAUAGUGCAACUUUUGUUGUUUCCAUGUUUGCCUGCUCUCAUGUUGGACUGGUAGAGGAAGGCUUGGAGAUUUUUGAGUCCAUGAAGAAGGUUUAUGGGAUGGAACCAAAACUUGAGCAUCAUGGAUGCCUAAUCGAUAUUCUGGGUCGAGCUGGGAGAUUAAAGGAGGCAGAGGAGAGGUUAAAAGAUAUGCCCAUGAAGCCCAAUGCAAUUUUAUGGAGGUCUUUACUUGGGGCUGCAAGAAUUCAUGGGAAUUUAGAGGUGGGGGAAGUUGCUCUAAAACACUUAGUAGAGUUGGAACCAGAAACUAGUGGAAACUAUGUGCUCCUGUCUAAUAUGUAUGCUAGCAUUGCUAGGUGGAAUGAUGUGAAGAGAGUGAGGAAGCUGAUGAAAUCUCAUGGGGUUAACAAGUUGCCAGGAUUUAGCCUAGUGGAGAUUGAUGGUGCCAUGCAUGAGUUUCUCACAAGUGACAAAACUCAUCCAUUUUCAAAAGAAAUAUAUUUGAAAAUUGGGGAUAUUAAUAGAAGACUACAAGAAUUUGGUCACAAUCCAAGAACAUCAGAGGUUUUGUUUGAUGUGGAAGAAGAAGAAAAGGAAGAUGCCCUUUCUUACCACAGUGAAAGACUAGCCAUAGCAUUUGCUCUUAUAGCAUCACCUUCAAGUUUGCCCAUAAGAAUUAUUAAAAACCUUCGAGUUUGUGGGGAUUGCCAUGUGUUUACCAAGCUAAUAUCAGCAGCGUAUCAAAGAGAUAUUAUAGUCAGAGACCGAAAUCGGUUUCACCAUUUUAAGGAUGGGAGUUGCUCUUGUCUAGAUUACUGGUGAUAGUACCAUGUUCACAUUAUAACGAAUUCAAUACUUGAAAGGAAGAACAUAAUUUGCUACAA